AUGCCUACUUCAGCAGCAGACCUGGAAAGGGGAGCGGGGUGUCGAAGCGGAGCUCCAGGGCAGGUCGAAGAUAUUGAAAAGCUACCACAGGAUGCUCAUUUGGCUGAAAGAGAGGAGCCAACAUCAAUAUUCAAAGGCCUAGGCAUCCUGGACAGGUUUCUUGCUGUUUGGAUCUUUCUAGCGAUGGCGAUCGGGAUCAUACUCGGAAAUUUUGUUGAUAAUAUAGGGCCUGCAUUGCAGAAGGGUGCUCUUGUGGGUGUUUCGCUGCCAAUUGCCAUCGGAUUGCUUGUCAUGAUGUACCCAAUUCUGUGCAAAGUACGCUUUGAAUCUUUGCAUCAAGUGUUCAGGACCCGUGAGAUAUGGAUUCAGAUGGCUUUUAGUAUAUUCAUAAACUGGAUAAUUGCACCGUUUCUUAUGCUGGCUCUCGCUUGGGCAUUUUUACCAGAUGAACCUGAACUGAGGGAGGGACUUAUACUGGUCGGCCUAGCACGGUGCAUUGCGAUGGUUCUUAUCUGGACAGGUCUUGCGGGAGGGGAUAACGAAUAUUGCGCAAUAUUGGUCGCCGUCAAUUCAUUAUUGCAAAUGGUGCUCUUUGCUCCCCUUGCGCUAUUAUUUAUCAAAAUAAUCAGCCAUUCAGAGGGCACGAUCCCACUGUCCUACUCGGUUGUCGCAAAGAGUGUUGCUGUAUUCCUAGGAAUACCUCUUGGCGCUGCCAUAGUUACUCGAUUCACACUGCGGAAGAUCGGCGGGCCUACCUGGUACGACAAUGUAUUCACCAAGUGGCUUAGUCCAUGGUCCUUGAUUGGGCUGCUGUUCAUCAUCCUGGCUCUAUUUGCUUCCCAGGGAAAGCAGGUCGUCCAUCAAAUUGUGUCCGUUGUUCGGGUUGCUGCACCUCUCCUGGUAUAUUUCAUCAUCGUGUUUUUCUGCACGCUAUACAUCACUUAUAGACUAGGCUUCGGGUAUCGAUUGUCAACCACGCAGAGUUUUACCGCGGCGAGUAACAACUUUGAGCUCGCCAUCGCAGUUGCAAUUGCAACGUUUGGUGCCGACAGUAGCCAAGCGCUAGCAUCCACCGUCGGUCCGUUGAUAGAGGUUCCUGUGCUGCUCGGCCUGGUUUAUUUUGCGCGAUUUAUCGCUAAGAGGAUGAACUGGAAACCCUAG